AUGGGGCAUCUAUGGGGAUUGAAGCAGGGUAAUGAUUCAGUAGAAGAUUUUUAUAAAAAACAUAAAAAGUAUAUGACCCUCUCUAGAUGUGAUGAAAGGGAAAGAAAAAAUAAAUUUAUCUGUGGACUCUCAUUUGCAAAUCAGUUAGAAGCGAGAUUAUGUGAAUUAGAGCUUCCUUUAGAUGAGCUAGUAGAUAGACUGGUUAAACUUGAAGCCCGGCUUUGGUAUAGAUGUGGUGCCCCUAUCCUAUGGAGGCGUAUUGAGCUAAAGGGGAAUGAAGUAAAUGAUAAAAUUCGAUUGGAAAGAUUUUUAAAAAUAGUACCUGGAGGAGGGAGAAAACCAGUUUAUAGCUCGAAACUAACUCAUCUUAAAAUAGCACACUACCGCUCACUUACAAAUAGAAAAAUCAGAGGUAUUGUGCAUACUUUCAAAAAUAUAAUUCAUUUAGAUUUCGAAGAAAGUACGGACAAUACAGAUAAAAUUUUAAAGCUAAUAGCGAAAUCAUAUCUGAAUUUGAAGUAUCUUAAUAUAGCCAGUUUCUGCUCCAGAUUUGGAGAAAAUGAUAUAGGUCUAACUGCAAUCACAAAUUCAUGCCAUAGUUUAGAAUAUUUAAAUAUCUCUAGACAUACAGAGUUUACUGAAACAUCAAUUUGUAAUGUUAUUCGCUCUUGCCGAAGGCUCCAGCAUCUCAACCUUAGCUUUUGUAAAAGUACUGAUAUAACUAUCAAAGAAAUUGCUGAAUCGUGUCUUAAUUUAAAGUAUCUCGAUUUGGAAGGGUGUUAUAAUAUUAGCGAAGAAGCUGUAGAUCAGCUUAUUUCACUUAACCCAAAUAUUCACGUUGAGGAUUUUGCGGACACUAGAACACAUUCUGGCUUUAUUAAUGAUUUUAAUGAUUUUCUAUUCAAUGCUUUCCCCCAAGGAUAUGCUGUGAAUUCGGCCAUAAAUCAGAUACACGGACAACCCAAUUUCAAUACAAUUAGAGUUUUAGGUAAUGUACUAGCUGACCUAUUAGCAGAACGCUGGUUCAAUACCAAUCUAGCUAGUCCGGAGCAGUGA